AUGAUCCUCCAAGGGUUUACCUGUAGCAGUGCUGUCAUGCUCCCAGGAAUAAUCACAAGAUUAAAGAAAAAGUCCCAGUCGGUGGAUAUUAGUGGACCAGGAUGCAUCCCGGGGGCAGCUGAAGCUCAGACACCUCAGCCCAGCAAAUCUUUACCUGCCACUCAGACAGCUGCUCCUGAGGAGGAGCAGAACAACACCACAAACACCCAAAGGCGCAAUCCGCGGAGGAGUGAUCUGAAGAGAUAUUACACCAUUGACGCUGGCCAGAAGAAGACCCCAGACAAGAAAGAUGGGCGACGAAUGUCUAUUCAAAAGCCUAGAGGGACUCUUGAAUAUUCUGUGGAAUCAAGAGACACUUUAAACAGUAUUGCCUUGAAAUUUGAUACAACACCCAAUGAACUGGUUCAAUUAAAUAAGCUUUUCUCCAGAGCAGUCGUUCCUGGACAGAUUUUGUAUGUUCCUGACCCAGACUACAUUUCUAGUGUGGACAGCUCCCCCUCUCUAAGUCCUAUAAGUCCCCUAUCACCUACAUCUUCCGAAGCAGAGCUUGACAAGGCUACAGUAAAUGAUUCAGAUGGAGUCCAACAGAAAGAGUCAGCUGCUUCACCAGCACAUCCAUGUGUUCGUCCUACGAGAGUGGUAUCAUCCACGUCCGAAGAGGAGGAAGCGUUUACAGAGAAAUUUCUAAAAAUUAAUUGCAAAUACAUCACUAAUGGCAAGGGUACGGUCAAUGGUGUGCUGCUAGUGACGCCAAAUAAUAUAAUGUUUGAUCCUCAUAAAAUGGAUCCUCUGGUCCAAGAGAAUGGCUGUGAAGAAUAUGGCAUCAUGUGUCCAAUGGAAGAAGUAAUGUCAGCUGCUCUGUAUAAGGAAAUUGUGGACAGCAAAAUUAAGGAUUCAUUAAGCAUAGAUGUAGAACAGCUGUCAGUAAGAGAACAUUGCCAUUCCAAGAAAUCUGCAAAGAGCAAUACAGAUGAAAUGGAUUCCAGGAUGCGGGAUACAGGCAAUGACAGUGCUAGUACUGCCCCAAGGAGCACAGAGGAGUCUCUUUCAGAAGAUGUGUUCACAGAAUCAGAACUCUCUCCAAUACGUGAAGAACUUGUUUCCUCAGAUGAGCUUCGACAAGAUAAAUCUUCUGGAGCAUCAUCUGAAUCUGUCCAAACAAUAAACCAGACUAGUGCUGAAUGUUUAACAGUCAUUUCAGACUCAAAUGAAGCUGCCAGUGACUUAAAGCCCAGUGCUGAAAUGGCUGUAAGUGUUAAACAGUUUGGUACCCACUUAAGUUCAGAAAGUGCUAAAAUGUCUAUAAAGGGGGAACGAGAACCUCCUGAAAAUACUACAGAUGUCCCCCAGCAGUCAUUGCAAAGAUCACACAGUAGUGAGGAGCAUGGCAAAGAGGCAGAAGUUGACAAGGAUCAAGGUUCCUCACUAGGAAAAGAACCAGAUAAUGAGAAGGAAGAGGAAUGUCCACCUUGUGAAGAUACCACAGACUCUCAAAAGAAAGAGACAGCUAACAAAGGAAAAGUAGUGGGAGAGCAAACUCAACACUCGGAGACAGAAGUUGAAGAACUCCGCAAGCUCUGGAAGACCCACACUAUGCAACAAACAAAACAACAAAGAGAAAACGUGCAACAGGAUUCACAAAAAGAAAUUAGUCAGAAAACUGUAUCUGCAGGAGAUGGGCGGUUAGAAGGGUCUUCAGCUACAAAAGAGAAAAGACGACAUCGAUCUCACAAGUUUCUGCUUCUCAGGGUUGGAAAACCCAUGAGAAAAACAUUUGUUUCUCAAGCAAGUGCAUCGAUGCAACAGUAUGCACAGAGGGACAAAAAACAUGAGUACUGGUUUGCUGUUCCUCAAGAAAGGACAGAUCACUUGUAUGUCUUCUUUAUCCAGUGGAGUCCAGAGAUAUAUGCAGAAGAUACUGGGGAGUCUCUUCGGGAACCUGGAUUUAUAGUAGUGAAAAAGAAGGAAGAGCCUGAAACUAGUGAAGAAUCUACUACUGAAGAUGCUGCUAAAGAGUGGGAGGUAGUGUCAGUGGCUGAGUAUCACCGCAGGAUCGAUGCUCUAAAUAGCGAAGAACUGCGCACACUCUGCAGACGUCUCCAGAUAACAACAAGAGAAGAUAUCAAUUCAAAACAGGUAACAAAUAUCAAAACAGACCUGGAGCCUGAAGCAUUCCGGCCAAAUCUUAGCGAUCCAAGUGAAUUACUACAGCCAGAACAAAUUGAAAAGCUCACAAAGUCUCUUCCACCACGGACUAUUGGCUAUCCAUGGACUCUUGUCUACAGUACUGCGAAGCAUGGCAUGAGCUUGAAGACUUUGUAUCGAACAAUGACGGGAUUAGACACACCUGUGCUGUUGGUUAUCAAAGACAGUGAUGGACAGGUUUUUGGUGCACUAGCAUCUGAACCAUUUAAAGUGAGUGAUGGCUUUUAUGGCACUGGGGAGACAUUUAUGUUCACUUUUUCUCCAGAUUUUGAGGUUUUCAAAUGGACAGGAGACAACAUGUUCUUUAUUAAAGGAGACAUGGACUCCCUUGCUUUUGGUGGAGGAGGAGGAGAGUUUGCUCUUUGGCUCGAUGGUGAUCUCUACCAUGGAAGAAGUCAUUCAUGUAAAACAUUUGGGAAUCACACACUUUCUAAGCGAGAAGACUUCAUUAUUCAAGACAUAGAAAUAUGGGCUUUUGAAUGAGUAUUUAACUAUUUCUACAGGUUCUUGUCCCAAACCUGACAUGAAUCAGUGCAGCUUAAAAAUCCCUAGGAGCAAUAUAAUGCAUUUUACUUCUGAUUUUUUUUUUCAAAGUUUUUAGUGUGGCCAUUAGUUAUUAUUUUUAAAUACCAGACUUUUUUCAUGCUCUCACAUCUGUAAUAUACUGUCAUACUUUUUCUAAGCUGUAGACAAUUUUACAAAAUAUUGACCAUGUGGACUAAAAAUUAACAUUAGUUACUUUGAGCCUUGCAGUCUGUAAAAUUCUUAUCCAUAUUACAGUUGCCUCCCAGGUUUCCCACACACACCUCUCUGCAAUCCUGCUAGGGGGCUGCUUCAUUGAAUAUAGUUUAUUAUUUUUGUAUUCAAAUUAUGUCUAUGAAUGAAGUUGCCCUCUCUGAACCUCUAAGAAAGCUGCGUGUGGGUAUUUGGCAGCAGCACUGCAGGGAUUGGUUCAGGCCAACAAUGGGUUAUUCAUGGUGCCACAAAUGGAUGAGAAGCUGAGCAUUCCUUCUUAACACGUCCCAGUACACACGUGGUGAAGUUAGAAGAUAUCCAAAGUCAACAGUGCCACUCGUCUUGUUUAUUGUUCAUGUUUAGAAACAAGUCAGUUAAUAGGUGUUCUAACUGCAUGCUGAUUGUAUUUAAAGAGUGUUUUGCACAUGCUGUUAAUGAUCUGCAGGUUUGGGACAAAUACUGACGAUACUGAGCUACAUGGCAAGGACUCAUAAAAUGGCAAGAGAAUGUAAGAAUAUGAUAAUUCCACACAAUUAAAAGGCUAAAGCAAGAAAAACUCAGUGAAUAAUUUGUAGCUAUAGUAGGGCAUUAAAAGUACAGAAGCAGAUGCAUCUUUCUUCAACAUAAAGUGUCAAUAUAUACUGUUAUACUGUUGUAGCCGUGUAGCACAUCAGCUCCAAGAAUAUAGCUUAUUCCUGUCCAAAGAAAAAAAUAUUUGUGAUGUUUUUGAGUGGGUCUAUGUUGUAAAUUUACAAUUAGCACCAGCUCUGAUUAAAAUGACAUAAUGUAUUAUAGGUAGACAAUAUUGUAAUUCAGUAGACUCGUGGAAUAUGCAAACUUACUGUCAUGUGACCUCAAAAGAAAAAUGACAGGCUAGAAUACAGUUCCAGUAGCUCUUGUCCACUUUUGUAGGAAAAUUGAUAAGCCAAUGUGGCAAUAACAGCUCAACAAAACUGUUUGUUUCAAAGCUUUUAUUCUAUGUUCUGCAAAAAAACAAACAAAAAAAAGAACAAAAAAAUUGCUGUUAAGUGUGACAGUGACUGACUUUGUGCUGAAAUUUCAGCUAUUUCAGAUAAACAUUGUAUAUUAUCUUGUAAAUUAAUGUUUAAAGUAGUUUUGUUAUUAUAGAAAAGUGUUGAUUGACGGGUUGCUUAUAGCACUUUAAAUUAUUCUAGAAAUGGAAUAAAAGCCAAAUGGGUUGGCUUAAGUAGAUGUAGUUGUAUAUUAUUUCAAAAUAUUUACAUCUCUGGAAAGUUAAAAAAACCCAACUUACUCGAAGACAGCUUACUGCUAUGGUAAUGAGAAAGGGCAGAUGUUUCAUCUAUAAUAUGCUAAUGCUCAAUAUGAAUAGAAAAACAGGGCUUUGUUUCCUGUCUCUAUGUAUAGCUCUUUAUCCUUAUUAGAACUUAGUACAAUGUGUAGAGUAAAUGUUUACAAAAUAAGGAACUGUAAAUAAAUUGAAAUGGCUUUUCUCCCCUUUGGUCUUCCACAGCAGUAUUAUUGUCUUUGUGGAGUUACGACUGAUUAUUACAACAACAAAAAAAUAAAUCCUGUAAUGGAUUUUAACUACUAUAAGCUCACAGUGAUGUAUAGCAAAUAAAUCUAAAUAUACGUAAGAAUAAACUUGAGUUGGAGUUUAUUUAGAAGUUGGAGUUUACCUAGAAGCACAAAUGCAUUUUUUUCUUGCUGUUCAUUUAAUAACUGAAUAAGUAGGAUGCCUUUGCUUAUCCUUUAUGAUUUUCUUUUAAAGCCCUAUGGGAAGCAA